AUGUCGCCCUCUGAUACACCAAUGAAUGCAGCCCACCAGCAUGCAGCCAAUGCAGACGACUACCUCGCUAAAGGCCUUAUUGUUAUGGCAGCUGAGGAGCAUUAUCAGGCCUCAGUGUCAUACAUAGCAGCUAUUGAGCGCAGUAACGAUGAAUCGGCGAAGAGAACGCUGCGGAUGCUCUACAAUGAACACUGUAAAGCUGCAAAAGAGUUACAGAGAAAGAUUGACCAGUUGAAGGCAGAGGGGAAAGAUCCCUCAUUACCCCAGAAAUCAGAUAUUCCAAAGAACCCCCCUCCACGACAGAACUCUAACUCAUACGCUGGUCCCUCUAGGGUGAACACGUCAUCACCGCAGCCAUUACGAGCCGCCAUGACAGAUUCGCAAAACGCUGGCGAUGAAUCAUUCAUGCUUCUAGGCGGGCAAAGGUCAGAUCCUGGUGAUGCCUUCAAUCAAUUUUGGAAUAUUAUGCAAGGAAUGCUCGACAAUCUGUCUCAGCCAGUUGCCUUUGCAACGGCGCCUCUUGACGAUCCUGAAUUUCCUAAUUCUCCAUCUGCUGAGAAGAAACCGGAGGAAACUCGCAAAGAUGAUAAUCUAAGUAGCGACACCGAUGCCGAUGAACCUAUUUUUUCUAGAUUUACGAGGAAGAUCGGUAUGUCCCGUGAAGGAAGCAAGAGUAGUCGUUCGAGGAAAAACAGCCACGAGACUGCCAACACUAACUUGAAGAAAGCUGCUUACGAAGACGACGACGACUUCGAAGAUUUUCUUGAAGCAGGGGAUGACCUGUCAGGGUCCUUCUUUUUAAUCCCCUCUGGCGCCGAGCCCUCACCCGCAGUGCUGAAGAAAGAAAACGAGACAUUGAAAGCUGAAAUCAAUUCAAUGAAGUCUCGGCUGGAAGCCACUGAAAGGGCCCAGCGUGCACUGGGGACGUCGACGAUGUUGCAGCGGCCCGGACCGCCCCUGGAUUUCAGCAGUCUUAACAUUGACGUCCCCGCAGUUCCAAUACCAGGAAUAAAUACGGGGAGAGAAGCACAAUACGCCCGUCGGGUGAAAGAACUCGAAGAUGAGCUGCGGUUGAUGCGUGUCGAAAAUGAGAAGAACGUUCGUCAUCGUCCUUCGUUUUCACUUGUAAACACUAACACCGAGACAUCCAUCCUCCAGAAACUUAUGAUAGCAAAAUUCCGUGAACGAUGGGAAAAACUAAAGGAUUCAGCGAAGCGCAAGAAAGAGGCCAAGGCAGCUGCCGAAGCCGCUAGCACAGGAGUUCGGGAGCGAAUAAUUGAAGAACCGGAGGCAGAAGAAGAACUUGAUGAAUCGAAUCCACGCGGAUGA